AUUUUGCAUUGGUUGAUGAGUUGGAAGGAAGAAAAUUUGAGAAAGUAAUGAGCUGUUCCUUCCUUCUCCAUCGCCUCAACAAUAACAACAAUUCUUUCUUCCACCGUAUUAUAGCUUCUCCUUUCCUCUCUGCUCUUCCUCCUUAAUUUAUCAUCACAUCUCUUCUCUUUCCAUAUUCUACAUUUCUAUUAUUCCAGACAUUUUGGUGGCACUCCCAAUUUCUGUGAGAAAUAGUAUUUAAGAAGAGGUGCCACUUUGAAAAAAGAAAAAGAAAAAAAAACUAUGGAGCCACAACCAGAAUCCCCCAGUCAGACUGGUGAUGAAACUUCACCAAAUUGUGAUUCUGGUCUUAAGAAUGUAAUUGAUACAGCAGCACCUUUGAAAUCUGUCAAAGAUGCUGUGUCCAAGUUUGGAGGAAUAGUGGAUUGGAAAACCCGUAGAACCCAAAGUCUGGAGAGAAGCAAGAUUGGACAUGAAUUUGGAAAACCAAAUACAGCUGAAGAAUUGGAAAACACUAAGAAACUUACAGAAGAACUCAAACUCAACUUAGAAAGUGUAGAAAGAGAUGAGCUUCAGGUGAAAGAAGAAGUGGAACUUGUGAUUCGAAAAAUUGAGGAGCUGGAGCAAGACCUUGCAGAUGAAGCCAGUUUUGAAGCCAAAGCACAACUUGAGGUUGAAAAAUCAAUGCAUAGUGCCGCAGUUUCGGAAUUGGAACAUUUGAAAAAAGAAUUGGACUCUUUAAGGAAAGAGUAUGAUUUUAUAGUGAGUGGAAGGGAUGCAGCUAUCAACAAUGCUGAGGAGGCUGUUGCAGCAUCCAAGGAGAUUGAAAAAGCAGUGGAAGAUUUAACAGCUGAGUUAAUUGCAACAAAGGAGUCAUUGAUUUCGACUCAAACGGCGCACUUGGCAGCCGAGGAACAAGCAUCGGGCGUCAUCGAUGAAGAAACUCAAAACUAUAAGCUUGAACUUGAACAAUCAGAAAAGGAGCUAGAGACACUAAAUGAACAAGUUUUAUCAGCAAGAGUUCUCAAAUCCAAAUUGGAAGCAUCUUCCUCUUUGUUGCUUGAUUUGAAAACCGAGUUAGCAGCAUAUAUGGAAUCAAAACUAGAAGAUGAAACCAAUGAAGAAAGAAAGAAGGAACUAGAGGAAGUAAAGAUGAACAUUGAAAAAGCAACUAAUGAGGUUAACAGCUUAAGAGAAGCUUCAAUAUUGCUUCAAUCAGAACUAAAAGAAGAAAAGUUGAUUCUCAACAACCUUAAAGAAAGUGAAGAAAAAGCUUCUGCUAAAGUCACAAGUCUUCAAGUUGAACUGGAGAAAUCAAAAUCAGCAAUAGCUUUUCUUCAAAUGAAAGAGAAUGAAGCAAAAGAGAUUAUGGCUGAGUUACCUAAGAAACUUCAAGCAGCAGCACAAGAAGCUGAUGAAGCUAAAUCACUAGCUCAAACUGCUAAAGCUCAACUUCUUGAAGCACAAGAAGAAGCUGAAAAAGCCAAAGCAAACUUAGCUACAUUGGAAAGUAGAUUACAAGCAACACAAAAUGAAAUAGGAGCUGCUAAAGUUUCUGAAAAAUUGGCUAAAGAUUCAAUCAAAGCAUUGGAGAGAAGUGAAUCAGCUAGAGGAGGAAGCAACAAAAAUGAAGUUGAUUCUUCAUCUCUUGUGACACUCACAUUAGAUGAAUAUCAUGAGCUAAGUAAGAGAACUCAAAAGGCUGAGGAACAAGCUAAUCUAAGAAUUGCAGCUGCAAAUUCACAGAUUGAGAUGGCAAAGGAAUCUGAAUUGAGAAGCUUGGAGAAGUUGGAAGAACUGAACGAAGAGCUGUGUGUAAGAAGGGAAUCACUUAAGAUUGCAAAUGAGAAUGCUGAGAAAGCUGCAGAAGGAAAAUCAGCUGUAGAACAAGAGUUGAGGACAUGGAGAGCUGAACAAGAACAAAGAAAAGCUAAUGCUGCUGCAGCUGCUGCUGCAACUGUGAAUGUAAAUGAUUCACCAAACUCCUCAAAGGGAAAAUCUCCUGUAGAUACUACUACUACUACCACUACUGCUGCAACUACUACUACUACUUCUCCUACUAUUGAUAAUAAUAAUAAUGUUGAAGCUGGACCAGCUUCAGAUGGAAAGAAAAAGAAGAAGAAGAAAUCAUUGUUUCCUUCAAAGGUUGUCAUGUUCUUUGCAAAGAGAAAAACACAUCCAAGCAAGUGAAAUGUAAUUCUUCAACUGAAAAGAAGUACAAUAUAAGUGUUGAACUAGUCUUAUUUCUGAUGAGGUUAAUUAUUGUCUGCCAAAUAUGUGAGAGUUUGUAUUAAAUUAAAUACUUUUGUUGCAAGAUGGAAUAAGAUCAUUUAUUGUAUAUA